CGGUGUUUCGUCGUUUAUGGGGCUGCGUUUGUAUAUAGUGCAUGUAUAAUUUUUGUAUGGAUUUUUGUCAUUUCUUACCUUUGCCAUGCGUAACUGCAAUACAUAGAAAUAAUUCGAAUAAGAUACGUCUUGUUUUUGUAACAUUCUGUUUACGAGCGGAGCAGCUUGCACAUUGAUAGCCAUACUAUUAUAGCCAUAAAAUCGUUGUAAAGAUGCAUAUUUUUACCAAAUAAUCCGACGUUGGGCAUUUCCUGGUGGAUCCACCUCGGAGGACGUAGCCUACUGUUAUAUUGACGGAGCGCAUCGGAACUAAUAAUCCAGAGAUGGCACGCCUAUUGUUUGUGGUUAUUCUCUAUGCUCUUCCAUCUUUCGUUGUGCCCAUACAUAAUUCAUCAACUGGAGGCUGUGCUAUCAUCCGGCCUCCCAGAGAUGGGGGGAUCCGCUACAGAGGCCUGACACAGGAACAGAUCCGCAGUGUGCAGAUCCUCCCUGUGGAUUAUGAGAUAGAGUACAUCUGCAGAGGAAACAGGGUGAUUGUGGGACCUAAGGUCAGGAAGUGCUUACCCAACGGCACAUGGACGGACUUGACGCUGCACAGCACAUGUUUGCUGCUGUGCCCGCGGGUGUGGACCUCCCUGGAGAACGGCCGGGUGACGGUGAAGCCCCCCGGGCCGCCGGUGGAGGGCACGGUGCUCCACUACAGCUGCCACGCCGGCUUCAUCCUGGAGGGCAGAAACAUCAGCCAUUGCACUAAACUGGGAAAGUGGGACGCGCCUAAACCCACCUGCCUCUAUGACAGAAACUACACAGGCAAGAAGAAGCUGUAUAUCGGAGCGCUGUUCCCCAUGAGCGGAGGCUGGCCCGGCGGGCAGGCGUGUAUGCCCUCCGCUCAGAUGGCCCUGGACCUGGUGAACAACCGGAGCGACAUCCUGCCAGACUACGAACUGGAGCUCAUCCACUACGACAGCAUGUGUGACCCAGGAGAAGCCACCAAGUUGCUGUAUGACCUUCUGUACACCGAGCCCAUCAAGAUCGUGCUGAUGCCCGGCUGCAGCGGCGUCUCCACGCUGGUGGCCGAGGCUGCUCGCAUGUGGAACCUCAUAGUGCUGUCCUAUGGCUCCAGCUCGCCGGCUCUGUCCAACCGCCAGCGCUUCCCCACCUUCUUCCGCACGCACCCGUCGGCCACCCUUCACAACCCCACCAGGGUGCGGCUUUUCCAGAAGUGGAAGUGGACCCGCAUUGCCACCAUCCAGCAGACCACCGAAGUCUUCACCUCAACUCUGGACGAUCUGGAGCAAAGGACGAAGGAGGCAGGCAUCGAGAUCAGCGUUCGUCAGAGUUUCCUCACCGACCCGGCUGUCGCUGUCAAAAACCUCAAGCGCCAAGAUGCAAGGAUCAUUGUGGGGCUCUUUUAUGAGACCGAAGCCAGGAAGGUGUUCUGUGAGGUGUUCAAGGAGAAGCUCUAUGGGAAGAAGGUUGUGUGGUUCUUGAUAGGCUGGUACGCAGACAAUUGGUUCAAGAUCAAAGACCCAGCGAUCGACUGUACUGUGGAGAACAUGACGGAGGCCGUGGAGGGUCACGUGACCACCGAGAUCGUCAUGCUGAAUCCUGAGACGGUCCGCGGCGUCUCCAACAUGACGUCGCAGGAGUUUAUCGCCGCCCUGAUGUCUCGUCUCGGUGGAAAGAACCCAGAGGACACCGGGGGGUUUCAGGAGGCUCCUCUCGCCUACGAUGCAGUGUGGGCUCUGGCCCUCGCCCUCAAUAAGACCGUGGCCCCCCUGAAGGCCAAGGGUCGACGACUGGAGGAUUUCAACUACAACAACCAUGACAUCACCUCCGAGAUCUACAGGGCCCUCAACACCAGCUCCUUCGAAGGUGUUUCGGGCCAAGUGGUGUUUGACGCCCAGGGAUCCAGGAUGGCGAUGACUCUUAUCGAGCAACUGCAAGGAGGCAGUUACAAGAAGAUCAGUUACUAUGACAGCUCCCAGAAGAAUCUCUCCUGGUUUGGCAAUGAUGUUUGGAUAGGUGCUGGUCCUCCGGCUGAUCGGACAGUGGUGAUCGAAGAGUACCGCUACUUGUCUCAGAAGCUGUUUGCAGCUUUGUCCGUUUUCGCUGGCCUCGGCAUCCUGUUCGGCAUCGUCUGUCUGACCUUCAACAUCUACAACGGAAACGUCCGGUACAUCCAGAACUCUCAGCCGUACCUGAACAACAUGACAGCGGUGGGCUGCAUGAUGGCUCUGGCUGCUGUGUUCCCGCUGGGGAUUGAUGGUCACCACGUCCACAGAUCUCAGUUCCCCGUCGUCUGCCAGUUCCGCCUGUGGCUCCUCGGCCUCGGAUUCAGCCUGGCGUACGGCAGCAUGUUCACCAAGAUCUGGUGGGUCCACACCCUCUUCACGAAGAAGGACGAAAAGAAGGAGAAAAAGAAGCAACACUUGGAGCCAUGGAAACUCUACGCAACAGUUGGAGUGCUGCUGGCUAUCGACUUCCUGUCACUCAUGAUCUGGCAGAUUGUGGAUCCCCUGCACAUUACGGUGGAGAAGUUCACAAGGGAGGCCCCUAAAGAAGAUUUGGAUGUCCUGAUUCAGCCCCUGCUGGAGCACUGCAGCUCAGAGAAGAUGAACACGUGGCUCGGUGUGGUUUACGGCUACAAGGGUCUCCUGCUGCUCCUGGGGAUAUUCCUGGCCUACGAGACCAAGUCCGUCUCCACAGAGAAGAUCAAUGACCACCGGGCCGUGGGGAUGGCUAUUUACAAUGUCGCUGUGUUGUGCCUGAUCACGGCUCCGGUGACCAUGAUCCUGACCUCGCAGCAGGACGCUUCCUUUGCCUUCGCUGCUCUGGCAGUCAUCUUCUCUGCCUACAUCACUCUGGUGGUGCUCUUCGUACCCAAGAUGCGGCGUCUCAUCACCCGUGGCGAGUGGCAGUCGGAGCAGCAGGACACUCUGAAGACCGGCUCGUCCACCAACAACAACGACGAGGAGAAGUCCCGACAGCUGGAGAGAGAGAACAGGGAGCUGCAGAAGAUCAUCCAGGAGAAAGAAGAGAGAGUUUCCGCACUCCGCAACCAGCUGGCUGAGCGACAGGCUUUACGCAACCGCCGCCGACCCUCCUCUGGCCAGAAUCAGAACCACAACGCCCCCCCGCCCUCUUCCCAGCCCGACCCCAAGUCUCUGCUGCCCCCGCCCGGAUACCCCAACCCCACCACGGACAAUCACUCCCUCCCGCCUUCCUUCUCCAACUCCUCCAACCUUUACCCGGCCGACAGCAAGAUGAGCCGCAACCACUGUCAGAACAGCCAGAUCCCACUGCUGUACAAAUAGGCAGGCACCGGGAGA